AUUGUGUAUGCUUGACUUCGGCCACUAAUCAAGCACUCAUCACUAUUUCACGAAAUGGUGCAACAAGAGGCAGUGGUUGUAAGGAACGCCGUAAAGCGUUAUGGGAAAGAGUUGGUGUUUAAUGACCUGAAUAUGACUGUUUCAAGAGGUUCCAUAUACGGAUUGUUGGGAUCUAGUGGAUGUGGCAAGACCACAUUAUUGUCUUGCGUCGUCGGGGUUCGGCAUCUUGAUAGUGGAGAGGUGUGGGUUUUGGGAGGAAAUCCAGGUAGCAAAGGCUCUGGCAUCCCUGGACCUCGAGUAGGUUACAUGCCGCAAGAGAUUUCCUUGGUCGGAGAGUUUUCCGUGAGUGGUGCCUUCUAUUACUUCGGUAGAAUCAAUGGACUCAAUGAUGAAGAGAUCGAGACGAGACAGAAGUUCUUCUCGGAGUUGCUUCAACUACCCUCAGAUGAUCAUCUGGUAAAGAACAUGAGUGGAGGUCAACAAAGAAGGGUUUCCCUUGCAGUAGCGUUGAUCCACAAGCCCGAACUUUUAAUUCUCGACGAACCCACUGUGGGAUUGGAUCCAGUUUUGAGAGAGAAAAUUUGGUCCUACAUGAUCCAGAUUACUCAGGAGGAAAGUAUUACAGUACUGAUCACGACACACUACAUUGAAGAAACUAAAGAUGCUAAUAAAAUUGGUUUGAUGAGAUGUGGUAAAUUGUUAGCGGAAUCAGCACCGCAGGAAUUGCUGGCGCAAUACCAAUGUUCGUUCUUAGAAGAAGCUUUCUUGAAGUUAUGCAGUGUCCAAAAUAAUACAGUCACUUUGAAUGAAGCUCAAGGAUCCAAAGUAGAAGAUACGGGCGGUAACGUCUUGCACCAGGAUCAAAAUCAACAUUGUGAAUCAACAAAAGCAUACUUGAAGUACGAAGCAGUUUCAGAACGUCCAGUUUCGCGAUUGAGAAGGUUUAAAGCACUAUUGACAAAGAAUGGCACUCAAUUCUUGCGUUAUUAUGGAGGACUCAUUUUCGCAGUAGUAUUUCCGAUACUUCAAAUCGGCGUAUUUAUUAUGGCAAUUGGUGAUGAUCCAAAAAAUUUGAAAAUUGGUGUUGUCAACGAAGAAGUCGAAAACUGCAGUUCCGACAACAACUUUGGCAAUGUUUGGAAUGACGAACUCACUUGUCAUUUUGGUAACCUCAGCUGCAGAUUUCUACAUAAUUUUGACAAUUCCAUUGCUACACAGGAGUAUUAUGAAGACAUUCCCAAGGCAAGACUGGCUGUACAAAAUGCGAAGCUCAGUGGUGUAAUCUAUUUUAGUCAAAACUUCUCCGAAGCUUUGCAAAUACGAGUGGAAGAAGCCACUUUCGCAAAAGAUUCCGAUCUACUCGCCAGCCAGAUUCAAGUUUUUCUCGAUAUGGGGGAUAUGCAAAUUGGAUAUUUUAUACAGCAGAAAUUAUUCGAUCGUUUCUUAAAGGUUUAUGAGGAUAUCAUGAGAGACUGCAAAUAUUCGCCAAAAUUGGCCGAUCCACCCAUUCGAUUUGAAGAACCCAUUUACGGUGAGACCGACCUCAAUUAUGCAGAUUACGUAGCACCAACAUACAUGCUAGGACUUAGUUUCUUUUUAGCCGCCACGGUUUCUACUACUUUAAUAAUUACAGAUAGGAUGGAGGGCGUCUGGAAUCGAAGCGUAGUACAAGGGGUCAGAACAGAAGAAAUUCUACUGUCUCACAUUCUUAUUCAGAGCAUCGUCAUCAUCAUCCAUACUGCUAUGAUAAUGCUUAUAGUAUUUCCUAUAUGGGGCCUAGAAUGUAAAGGACCGAUAUUUAAUGUAAUGGUCCUUAUAUUCCUUAAUGGUUUUAGCGGACUAAUGUAUGGUUUCGUCCUUUCUGUUAUGUUCAAAAAUCAUACUGCAGCGCAUUACGGUGCGGCCGGAAGUUUUUUCGCGUUAGUAUUGCUCAACGGAUGUAUGUGGCCAGUACAGGGAAUGCCAAAAGUGCUUCGUUGGUUUAGCUAUUUAGUGCCAACAAACUUGUCCUCUGUAUCAUUGAGAGGAAUCAUCUACAAAGGAUAUUCCAUAUCUGAGCCAGAAGUUUAUAUUGGCUUCUUAAUAACUGUAGGGUGGAUAUUAUUAUUUCUUAUCAUAACUAUAUUCCGUGGAAGGUCGAAGUCUUCGUAA